AUGCCGUGGCUUCUCAGCAAGAAGCGACGGCAGUCGCCAUCCGGCAGCACCAGCGGGCAGCCCUGGGCUGCCACCAGCUCCAGCAGCACCUCCCAGCUCCGGGAGCAGGGGCUGGGCAGGCUGCACCGCGCGGCCGCCCGCGGCGACCUGGGCUGGCUGAGGCGCUGGCGCUGGUACGUCAAGGUAGUCGGCAUCGACAGGCCAGACCAGGAGAUGCGGACACCUCUGCAUCUGGCUUCGGCCAAUGGCCAUGCAGAUGUCGUCAGAUAUCUGCUAAGAAAGAACAGCCAGCCCAACCUCGCUGACAGCUUCAAGAGAACGGCCCUGAUGAAGGCAGUCCAGCAGGAGCAGGAAGAAUGUGUUGCUCUUCUGCUGGCACACGGUGCCGACCCCAAUCUGGCAGACGCUGACGGCAACACUGCCCUUCACCUGGCUGUCCUCUCUAAAAACACAGCUGUAGCAGGGCUGUUACUGGAGCAUCAUGCCAAGAGUGAUGCUCAGAACCAGUGGGGAUUUACCCCCUUCAAACUUGCAGCCUUGCAACAGCAUGAGGAGAUGGAGUGCCUUCUGAAAAAAGCAGCUGACAGGCAGGCUCAAGCCCAGGGGGAAAGGUGAGGGCUUUGUCAAAACAGCCCACGGGUCUUCUGGGUAGUCUGCAAGUGUGACCCAGACGAGGGGUGUGGCAAUGAGCUUGGAAAAAGAAGGAGCAGCCCCGUGGAAGCAGUUCCCCAUG